GGGAGCCUUGCAGGCGCGGAGCCGUUAGCGCAGUUGGCGGCGGCGGCGGUCGGCGACGGCACAGCGCUCAGCGCACACGGGGCCCCAGCAGCAGCUGUAGCCGAGGCGCCCUGCGGUCCCGGCCCCGGCGCGGCCACCCUCGCUCUCUCGGCCUCCCUGCCUCGCUCGCACCAUGGCUGAUCAGCUGACCGAAGAGCAGAUUGCUGAAUUCAAGGAAGCUUUCUCCCUAUUUGACAAAGAUGGUGAUGGCACCAUCACAACCAAGGAACUCGGAACCGUCAUGAGGUCGUUGGGCCAGAACCCGACAGAAGCCGAAUUGCAGGACAUGAUUAACGAGGUGGACGCCGAUGGUAAUGGCACCAUUGACUUCCCAGAAUUUUUGACUAUGAUGGCUAGAAAAAUGAAAGACACCGACAGUGAAGAAGAGAUCCGCGAGGCAUUCCGAGUCUUUGAUAAGGAUGGCAACGGUUACAUCAGCGCUGCAGAGCUCCGCCACGUCAUGACAAACCUGGGAGAGAAACUGACAGAUGAGGAAGUCGACGAGAUGAUCAGAGAAGCUGACAUCGAUGGAGACGGACAAGUCAACUACGAAGAAUUCGUACAGAUGAUGACUGCAAAAUGAAGACCUACUUUCAACUCCUUUUUCCCCCCUCUAGAAGAAUCAAAUUGAAUCUUUUACUUACCUCUUGCAAAAAAAAAAAAAAAGUUCAUUUACUCAUUCUGUUUCUAUAUAGCAAAACUGAAUGUCAAAAGUACCUUCUGUCCACACACACACAAUCUGCAUGUACCGGUUGGUGGUCCUGUCCCCUAAAGACCAAGCUACACAUCAGUUUUCCGAUAUAAAUACUUGUCCUACCUUAACAAUAAGGAAGCACUUCGUGGACUCCUGGCAGGUCCAUCUGCUCGUGAUUAGUAACACUGUUUGGGCUGGCCAGUUUUUCAUGCAUGCGGCUUGACAAUUGAGCACAGUCAGGCGUUUGUAUUAAAAAUGAAAAAGUGAAAAAAACAAAUUCAAAACCUACUCAGAGGGGUUCUAGUUCAAAUUGUUAGUAUAAAUUGUUGUAGCUGGUGUACUGAGAAGAGGCAUUUAAAAUUGGUUCGCCUCAGGAUGCCGUGUGGGCAACUGUCCAGGCGGAGCUCCCCUGCUGCAGGGCUGGCCUCUCUAACGCCCCCCGGCGACCGUGACGCACGCUGGCGGCGUGCCUGUCUGUGUCUGCAGCGUUGUCCGCGUUGUGCUGAGUGGAAUGGGUGUCAGGCUAUCACCAUUCAUACAAAUUUUUAAAAAGAAACUUUUAUCAAGGGAGCAUCUUUGGACUCUCUGUUUUUAAAACCUUCCGAACCAUGACUUGGAGCCGGCAGAGUAGGCUGUGGCUGUGGACUUCAGCACAACCAUCAACAUUGCUGUUCAAGAAAUUUACAAUUUACGUCCAUUCUAAGUUGUAAAUGCUAGUCUUUUUUUUUUUUUUUUCCAAUAAAAAGACCAUUAACUUAAA